AUGAAUAGUGGCUUUCAAGUCCCAAAUGGUAAAUUUUUUCUAGUAGAUGGUGGUUAUGCCAAUACACCACAGUUCAUUACUUCUUAUCGUGGUGUUCGGUACCAUCUAAAGGAGUUUGGACGUGGUCAUCGUCGACCUAGAGACUACAAGGAGUUAUUCAAUCAUCGCCAUGCCAUUCUGAGAAACCAUGUAGAGAGAGCUCUAGGGGUUCUAAAGAAGCGAUUUCCCAUCCUGAAAGUAGGCACUUUCCAUCGGAUAAAGAACCAAGUGCGGAUUCCAGCAGCUGCUGCGGUGUUCCACAACAUGAUCCGGUUGCUUAAUGGUGAUGAGGGCUGGUUGGACAACCAACCUGAUAAUAUAGAACCUACUAAUUUUGUCGAUCUACCAGAAGGUGACAGUGAAUACCGAAAUGAUGUGCCAUCUCUUAGCAAUCAAAUGAUCAGUGGGAAUAAUAUUAGAGAUAUGAUUGCUAAGAAGAUGUGGGAAGAUUAUGUUCCUCAACAAUCAAGAGCUUCAUGGAACCCGGGACUAGAAAAGGCUAUAGUUGAUUUACUUCAUGAGCACAAUAACCCACAUUACCGGUGCCAAAACGGGUGGACAAGUGAAGCAUGGAACAAGGUCGUCAAAGAAUUUCGUGACAGACAUCCCUAUGUCACCAUGAAUAAGCAACAGAUCCAAGAUAAGGAGAAGGAGUUAAAACGAGAUUAUAGAUUGCUUAAGGAGGCAAGGAAACAGAGUGGAGCUUCUUGGGAUAAUCAACGGUGCAUGAUUGUUGCUGAUGAUGCUGUUUGGGCAAACGUAAUUACGUCAAAUGAGAAAGUAAGGAAGUUCAGCAAAAACAAAUCUUUUCCUCUCUUUGAAUCCUUGGGUGAACUUUAUGAUGGCCAAACUGCUGAGGGCAACAUGAAUUUCACUUCUAUUGAGCCAUUCCAACAUGCUACUCUCACACAAGUGAAUGAAUAUCUUGAGAGAAGUGACUCUUUUCCUGAUGUAAAUUGGGUUGCUGAUGAUGAUGAGACCACUGAAGUUCAAGAUGAAGAUAAUGCAGUGGAGCAUGAAAAUCAGGGAAGCCACAUUACUAUCACCUCAAGAGCUAAUGGAGAAAAGAAUGUCAAGAAGACCAAAUCUACUGAGAGAGAGAGAGAGAGUAGAAAAGACACCGAAGAGGAAUAAGAGGAAUGAUGUUGUUGAUAUGAUGGAAAGUUACUUGGAGAUGAGAAAAAGACAAUCUGAGGAGGAGGAAGCAAAGAAGAGGGAGGAGGAAGCAAAGAAGAGGGAGGAGGCAAGCAAGGCUGAUGAUUGCUCAAUAAGGAACUGCAUCACUGUUGUGGAAUCGAUGGAGGAGCUCUCAAAUGAAGAAAAGGUCAAAUCUUUUGGAGUAUUCAAGGACGCGCAGAAUAGGGAGAUCUUCAUGAGUGCAGGGCCUAUGACUCGUCUUAUAUGGUUAAGAACG